AAUACAACACGUGCGGCCUAUAAACUAAGUUGCAGUUUUAAAGCUGUUUUCAAUCAUUAACUGUUGUAAGUCCAAUCAUCUUUAACUGAACACAAGCGUAUAAUAUUAUCGGUCACUCGGAACGCCAAAAAAUGAACGCGAAAAAGUCAAGAUCUACGAUAUUGGUGAAAACAACACUUGUGCAAUUCCUGCUAUUCAGCUCUGUGUUCGGGAACGCAUUUGAAACCCACUACAAAAGCUUGCUGGGAAGUUUGGUGGGACAAUCUUUAGAGGACGUUUUUGAUGGCGUGAGCAUCACAGAGUUGGAGCACAAUGCUGAAAACUUCACAGAAACGUGUCUAAAUAAGACUGACCUCGAAGCUGCCUACACAAUUGCCGACACUUCUUCUCUAACAGACGCCGAGCUAGUCGAACUAUGUCCCGCCCUCCUCUACCGAGCCCUGGUUGCUGCCGAGUGCGCCCAUGAUGACCAUGACGAGGACCAUGAUGACCAUACGGGAGAAACAACUGGGUAUGGCUACAACUAUGGAACUCUGGCUGUUUUGGUGAUCAGUCUAUCUCCCUUCCUGGGCGUUCCGCUGGUUUUCAUGAAGCGUAACUCGCUUGUUCUGCAGAUGAUAAUUCAGUUUUUGAUUGCUGUCGGCGUUUCGGCACUGGGUUGCGACUCUCUGCUUCACUUAUGGCCUGAGGCGGUGGGCCUACAUGGGCACAGCGAGGGAAGCCAUGACGAGCAUGCAGGCCAUGGGGAGACUGAGACUGAAGGCGGCCAUGACAGGACAUACUUGUGGAGGACAAUGGUCCUUGUAAUCACUAUUUAUGUGUUCUACCUGUUCGAAAAUCUCUUCUCGAAGAUAUUUCAUCAUAGACACUCACAAUCAGAAGAGGAGACAACAAACUUUCCAGAUACAUUGGGUGGAAAGGAUGUCGAAAACAAAACUUCUGUUAAAAUUUCUGGUCCAAUGGAGUUGACCAAAGAGGGCUCAAAGAUUCUCGGAAUCCCAAACGAUAAGUUUGUGACCGCCAUCACCAUCGCGGCCGGAGAUCUCCUCUGCAACUUCGUGGAUGGAAUGGCCAUCGGAACAGGGUUCCAGUCAUCUGGCUCCUCCGGACUCUCCUCCGCCAUUGCCGUGUUCUGUCAUGAAUUGCCCCAAGAGUUGGCUAGCUUUGCCCUUCUUCUCGACAUGAAAGUGCACUUGUUGGCCAUCCUUGGGCUCAAUCUGUUCUCUGCGCUGGGUGCGUUUGCGGGUCUCUACAUCGCAUCUGCCCUGUCAGAGCAUGACCACUUCAUCGGCUACAUGCAGGCCAUAGCCGCAGGCGUUUUUCUCUACAUCGCGUUCAUGGACAUGUACCCCGAGAUGCUAUCGGCUCAAAGUAAACACCCAUGGAUUAUGUUCGUGGUGCAGAACAUAGGACUGAUGAUCGGAUUUGCCAUUCUGCUUGUCAUAGCCCUCUACGAAGAGGACAUUUGAAAGCACUCGGCGUCCAAUAGGAUCUCAAACUGAAUUUAUCAUUAAAUGAGGAUGAUGAUAAUUGUCGUACAGUAAGGGUAUGAUCUAUAUGUAAAUAGCGUAACCACUUAGUAAUAACCGAUUCUGUACGGAAAGUCAAAGCUUGAACACAUACAUAACAUACUCAAAUAAGACAAACAGUUUCUUACCGAGAAAUAUCAACGUCUAAAACAUAUGUUUCCAACUGCUGCAACUAUCACAGGACCAGCACAUUGGUAAAUGUUGCAUCAAUAUGAAAUGUACUUUAUAAACAGUAACCUAAAGUUUUAAAGUUCGAGGUUUUGACUAUUCGGCCGGACAACAAUGAUGAUGAUGAUGGUGGUGAUGACUAAAAACAUUAGUAUUACGAUUACUGUUGUUCCCAUAUCUAGCGCCCCUAGGCAAUUUGUACCUUACAAUUGAUUUGAGUACAAAAAAAGUUGUAUAUUUUUUCAUAAGGUCAAAGUUGACAAAGAAUUGAUUCCGAUAAUGUCAACACCUGUAAUUUCAAAUUAACCAAAUUCAUUUUUUAAUAAACCAUUUAUUACCAGCGUAUUAACUAUUCCAAAAAAAG